GAAACCGUUUCAGGACUGAUACCGGUUGUUGUAAAUACAUCCAUAGCUGGUUACACUUCUGUGCAAAAUGCUGAAGAAGCUGGUGAUUGUCCCCUCUCUCUUCAUUUCAGUCCUCAUCGCGCAGGGGGAUGCUCUGAGGCAUUACUUUGUGAGACAAAACACUCUGAAUGAUAAAAAGUCUGGAGAGACCCCAUCCACCGUCCUUCACAUGGAGAGUCAGCUGGGUUGUGGGAUACUCUGUGCCCAGGAUUACACAUGCGCUUCUUUGACACAUCAUGUAGGGCAGUGCCUCCUCUACAAUUCAUCGGUGUCAACAUCUGAUGUUCCAGCUCCCGGUGCAAGAACCUUCACCAAACACGGGUAUGUGUACCUGGGAUGCUACCUGGAUGACUUGGACAGACUGAUCAACGACGAACACAUCGUGGACGACUCCAUGACUUACGAGUUGUGUCUGACUCACUGCAGACAGGGCAACUAUCUUCUUGCAGGACUAGAGGCUACUAGGCAUUGUUUCUGUGGAAACUCCAAUGACGAUGUUAAGUACACUGUCCAGAACGAAGGGGACUGCAAUACUCCAUGUGUAGGAAACAGUAGCCAGAUGUGUGGAGGCCACUUCAGACUGUCUUUGUUUCAGUGGAACUGACCCUAUCGAGGAACAAUGUUUUAUCCUCAAGGCGUUUCCUAAGAGUGGCUUUAUCCUGCUCGCAGUCGUCCUUGCACAGACAGUCGGAAGAUCGGACUGUUUGACAGUAUUGAUAGGAACACAUACAUAGUUAUAGAUAACAGUGGGGGUGAGUGAGUGAGUUAAAAUUUAAAGUCACUUUAGCAAUACUUCAGUCCUAUCGUGACUCAAUCAAGGUAUAGAGUAAUAAUAAUUAAAGGUAAAUUAUAAAAUUCUGUCAACUAAGGAAGUAGAACAACCAGAAUAUAACAGAUAUAAAUGUGAAACUAGUAAUAUUAUCUAUAACAUUUUAAUUAUUUAUCACAAGACAACAUAAAAACAGGGUA